AUGGGAUCCAUCCAACAAACUCGAUCUAUUCCAAAACUCACAGCUAUAGAGCAGAUCAGCCCCCGGGGCUAUGCGCGCUAUAUUUUCCCUUUCGAGCUAGGGGAGAACUACAAUCCCGACGAAAUCUUCACUGUCGUUCGAGAGGGUUACUGCUUUCUGGCGAAGCAAAUCCCAGAGACGGCAUGUGAGGUAGUUCCCGACCUCGAAUCAUGGCAGAAGAAUGUCAUGAAGUUGCGCAUGCCAAGCGACGGAGAGAUUGAUCUUGUUACAGCAAAGGACCUACGGGCACCAGGUGCUUUCCCAUAUACCUUUGCGGAGCUCAAGGCAAAGAACUUUCCCCCAUCCGCCUUCGAAGGAGACCUCCUCUGUCGUCGAGAAGUCUGGCCAACACCCGAUACAAGAAGGCCCAUCUCGCUUGCGCAAUGUACUUUCAUUCCCGGCGGGCUUCUUCUAUCAUGGAACGUCUUCCACAUGAUCGGAGACGGCGGAUGCUUUUUCACAUGGGCGAAGGUCUGGGCAGAAGGAUGUCGUCGGGCGCAGGGUUUGAAUAUCGACAACCCAGUCCAGCUUCCGGACGCCCUCUGGAACGAUCGCGAACAGGCGAUAAGUCCGCCCGCCCAGUAUAAGGGCAAACUGGAGGAUCAUCCGGAAUAUAUCCUCCUGCCUUUCACGCCAACAGAAAUGCCACCGAAAAUGCUAACUACGACCCACCGCGGCCAAAUUUUCUACAUUUCGCCAGAAUCGCUGGCAAAAUUGAAGAAAGAGGCUGAUCCAUCAAAUGCGACCGAGCCAUCUGACCAGAAAUGGAUAUCUACCAACGACGCCAUCUGCGCGCUGAUCUGGCGCUCGAUCAUGGCAGCGCAAUUUCCUCUGCGGCCUGAGGGACUCGGGGAAGGGGAAGAGAGUGAUCCCGAAACCAACUUUGGCAUCUUCAUGGACGGACGGUUGCGGACGAAUCCAAAGGUUCACCCCGAGGCAUUGGGCUGUUUCAUGACCUGUUGCACGACCACAGUCACUCUCCGUAAAAUGCUCGGACGGCUCAAUAUUGCCGAUCUUUCGGUGCUCGUGCGCAAGGCUAUCGCCAGUACUGAGGGGCAUUCUAUCUGCGACGUCGCAGCGCUUGUCAAGAAUCAGGAGCACCCGACUCGUCUUGCGUUGUCGGCAAUGCUGGAUCUUUCGGGGAGGAAUAUUUCACUGUCGUCGUGGGUUAAUUUCGAUUUGUAUUCUUUGGAUUGGGGUUCGAUGUUGGGGAAUAGGAUUGAGGCUGUGAGAAUGCCCCGGAUCGGCAUGAUUCAUGGGGCUCAGAUUGUUUUGCCUGUUUUACCGAAUGGAGGGGUGGAGAUCAUGGCCGGGAUUGAGGGGGAGUUUUUGGAUAGGCUUCUUCAGGAUCCGGUGCUGAGGAGGUUUGCGGUGCCGGUGUAG